GAGUGUUCUUCACAAACACAAAACACAAGUUCUUGUUGAUUCACUUAGAAGAUCAUCUAAGUGGAUUGUUUCUCUCCAUUGUAUCUCAUUAGUUAUUUCGUGUUAACCCGGUGAUCCUAGAGGGGCGAAAUUAAACUAAUAGGAAAGCGUAGUUUCCGUGCCUUGGAGUGGAUAUCCGGUUCUCUCAUUGAUCACAAAUCUAACAAUCUAUUAGUUUAAUUUUCUUUCUUUUCGGAUAUGGCUCAAUCACUCAAGGACAUGACUAUGAACUUCCAAAAGUUGGAUAAGUUUGAGGGGUGGGCUAUCGGAGGUGGCAAAAGAAGAUGCACUUCUUGUUGACCGCCUUGAAUGUGGUGUAUGUGUUAUCAACUCCUAUGCCACCACUCCCGGAAGAUGGAGAGGAAGAGCCUCUUGAGACUACUAGGAAGAGGAUAAAGUGGGAGAAUGAUGACUACAUUUGUCGUGGUCAUAUUCUCAACUCUCUCACCGACCCGUUGUUUGAUCUCUACCAAAAUGUGGAGAGUGCAAAGGAACUUUGGGAUGCUCUUGAGGCCAAGUACAUUUCGGAAGAUGCUUCAAGUAAGAAAUUCCUUGUUAGUAAUUUUAAUUCUUUUAAAAUGACUAAUGAUCGGCCUAUUAUGGAGCAAUUCCAUGAGGUUCAUCAUAUUUUGAACCAAAUAAGAUCACAUGGUAUGGUGAUGGAUGAGGCAAUUGCGGUUGCCUCAAUCAUUGACAAAUUACCAAAUUCUUGGAAAGAUACAAAACAUCUUUUAAAACAUAAAAAGGAAGACAUGUCCAUGGAGCAAUUAGGAACUCAUCUUCGUAUUGAAGAGGGGAUCCGGGCUCAAGAUGGGGUUAAGGAUACUACUCCUAGUAUUCCUAAAUCUACCGUUAAUUUGGUAGAGGUUGGUGGGUCUAGUAAGACCAAGAAAUCCAACAACAACAACAACAACAACAAUAACAAAACCAAUGUUGCAAACAAGAAGAGGAAGACCCUCUCUUGUUGGAUAUGCAAUGGUCCUCAUCUUAAGAGGGAUUGUCCUUCUAACAACAAGAAGAAGACAAAGAACACACAACCUAGUGUUGUUCAAAACCAAGGUUGAUGAUUCUUGGUGGAUAGAUUCGGGAGCCUCUAGACAUGUGUGCAAUAACAAGGAUUUCUUCAAGUCUUUGAAAGAUUUGGAUGAUGGUCCAAUCUUGUAUAUGGGGAAUGAUUCUACGGUAAAGGCUAGAGGCAUAGGCCAAGUAGAAUUUUGUUAACCUCGGGAAAGACUUUAACUCUCCGGGAUGUUGUGUAUGUACCGGAAGUUAGGAAGAAUCUUGUGUCGGAGGUCUCUUGAAUAAGUAUGGUUUUAAAGUUGUUUUUGAGUCGGAUAAAUUUGUACUUUCCAAGGGUGGUAUUUUUGUUGGACAAGGUUUCUUUUGUAAUGGAAUGUUUAAAUUUAGUAUUGAUAAUAAAAUUGGUACUAGUUCUAUUUACAUGCUUGAUGUUUCUUCUCUAUGGCACAAUCGUUUAUGUCAUGU